AUGGGGUUGCUGUUAAUAGUAUUGCCUGAAGUGGUGUGCAAGAAUCCUAGCCUUCAAUGUGACUUUCAGGAGCCUCUUCCUAUUCAGCACACCUAUCAUCAGCUUGGAGAUAUCAACCUUGCUGGCAUUAUUUCUGAAUUGUUAACAUUUUCAGAUCCCAUUGAUUUCAGUCAACAUCCUUCUCGGGCAGUUCAGGAGGGAUCUGUUUUUGAGCUCUCCUAUUGGGCUCAUGGUGAAAGUCCAACGCUUAGACAUCUCGCCCCGAUGCUCGCUAGCCACCUACCUCCUCAAUCUUGGAUCGGUGCCACUGCACCAGCUGGGAAAAUGCUAAUGGAGGCAAUGCUGAUCACGGGUAUUGUAUUAGUGGAAGAAAUGGCAGAAGGCAGAGACCCUGGAUGGAAUACGGAAGGGGAGGAAGCUGAGGUGGCAGAAGUGGUGGUGGAAGAUGAUAAGCAACAGCAGGAAAAGGAAGAAGAAGAGGAGUCAAUCUCCAGUGGGUCCCAGGCUGUGAUUAAACUAAAGCAGAAAGAAAUGGUGGAAUGUGGCAAGCAAUGCAGGGAAGAAGGAGGAGGAGUAAUGCCUCCCAGCCUAAUAGUUUUUCAGAAUUACCAGCAUGUCCUGGCCUUAGCGUUUAGUCUAAAAGAGAUCAAUGAAAUCGAGCAGAUCCUUCCUAAUAUCACGCUGGGGUUUCAUAUUUUUGACAGUCAUUUCAGUCCCAGGUGGACUUACUUUGCUUCGAUGCUGCUGCCUUUCACUCAUGGAAAAUUCAUCCCUAACUACAAAUGUGGGGUCCCAAAACUUUUGGCUGCAGUGAUUGGGGGACCUGAUAUCUCUCUUCACAUGGUAGCUAUAUUGUCCAUCUACAAAAUUCCUCAGUUGACCUAUGGCUCUGCUCCAGCCAUGGAAAAAGAGACUCAAGCGGUUUUCUUCCAGCAAAUGUUUCCAGGUGAAUCCUAUGAACAUACGGGCUUCAUGCUGUUAUUGAAGUACUUAAGAUGGAUUUGGGUUGGAAUUCUUGUAGCAAAGAAUAAGAAAGCAGAGAAAUUUGUCCAGGAAGUGCUCCCUAUCUUUUCUGAGAAUGGCAUCUGCACUGAGUUCAUAGCACAGAUACCAAAUGCAGAUUUCUAUAGUGAUUUUACUGAUAUAAUAGAUGAAUGUCUACAUAUAUACCAUGUUCUCAUGAAGAGUAAGGCCAAUGUGGUAAUUGUAUAUGGUACAAUUCAAACUAUAUCAGUUCUGAGAAGUUUUCUCCGGUUGUCAGAAGUGGAGGACAUACCAAAAAAGACAAAGAUCUGGCUUAUAAAUGCGCAGACAGAGUACACCUCACUUUCCCUUCAUAAAUCCUGGGAUGUCCAUUUCCUACAUGGGGCUUUAUCCUUUGCAGUUCACACAAAAGAGGUAAAAAAUUUCCAGGAAUUCCUUCACAAUCUAAGUCCAAACAAUGACUAUCAGGAUCAUUUUAGGAAAGAUUUCUGGGAACAGGCAUUUGGUUGUUUCUUCUCCAACUCAAGAACUGAGAAAUCUGAGGAAACUUGUACUGGACAGGAGAAGCUUGGGACUCUACCUACAUCUGUGUUUGAAACCCGCAUCAGUGGACACAGUUAUAAUAUUUACAAUGCAGUCUAUGCUGUAGCACAUGCUUUGCAAUCUCUGUAUUUAUCCAAAUCCAGAAAAAUAGUGAAAGAAGGACAGAAACAGUUUCACAAUCAGAUGUGGUGGCAGGUUCAUUCUUUUCUGAGAAGUGUCAGAUUCAACAACAGUGUUGGUGAGAAGGUCUCCUUUGAUGAAAAUGGACAAUUCAUUGGUGGAUAUGAUAUUAUCAAUUGGGUUACAUUCCCAAACCAGUCAUUCAUUAGGGUCCGAGUUGGAACAGUGGAUCCCACAGCUCCAGCAGACAAGUUCUUCAGUAUUUCUGAACUGCCUUUAUCUCUGUGUAAUGAUCCCUGUGAGACAGGAUACAGCAAGGAAAAGUUAGAGGGGGAAUCAUUUUGCUGCUAUGUUUGUCAUCUGUGUCCAGAGGGGAAAAUAUCAAAAAAGAAGGAUGUGAAUGACUGCUCUCCAUGUCCGGAAGACCAAUAUCCAAAUCCUGACAAAAAUAUGUGCAUUCCAAAGCGGAUCACAUUUUUGUCCUAUGAAGAACCCUUGGGGAUCAGUUUGAUUGUUCUUUCUCUUUGCUUUUCUUUGAAGACAACUUUGGUCAUCACAAUCUUCAUGAAACACAAAGAUACUCCCAUUGUCAAAGCCAACAAUCGGAAUCUCACCUACAUUCUCCUAGUUUCACUCCUCCUCUCUUUCCUUUGUGUCUUCCUAUUUCUUGGGAGACCCAAUACAAUUGUGUGUUUCCUUCGACAGCCAGCUUUUGGGCUCAUCUUUUCAGUGGCGGUUUCUUGUGUCUUGGCUAAAACCUUUGUUGUGGUGUUAGCAUUCAUGGCCACCAAACCUGGUUCCAGAUUGAGAAAAUGGGUGGGGGGAAGAAUGGUCGGUUUCAUUCUUCUAGCCUGCUCCCUUGUCCAAAUAUGUGUUUGUGCUGUGUGGCUGAUAACAUCCCCACCAUACCCAGAUUUUGAUGCACACUCAAUACCUGAAGAACUCAUCCUGGAGUGCAAUGAAGACUCGGUCAUGUUCUACUGUGUUUUGGGCUUUAUGGGUUUUCUUGCUCUUAUUAGCUUCUCUGCUGCUUUUCUAGCUAGGAAGUUACCUGACAGUUUCAACGAAGCCAAAUUUAUCACCUUCAGCAUGUUGGUCUUCUGCAGUGUUUGGCUGUGUUUUAUCCCAACCUAUCUAAGCAGAAGGGGGAAAUAUACAUUGGCUGUGGAGAUCUUCUCCAUGAUCUCCUCCAGUGCUGGACUAUUGGUGUGUAUCUUCCUUCCUAAGUGUUUUAUCAUUGUGAUGAGACCCGAACUGAAUGAUAAACAUCAGCUCAUGAAGAGAAAUUUUUAA